AUGACCCACCAAACUCAUGCCUAUCACAUAGUUAACCCAAGCCCAUGGCCCCUCACAGGAGCACUCUCUGCCCUCCUUCUUACCUCAGGAUUAGCAAUAUGAUUCCAUUAUAACACUCUUACACUUCUUUAUCUAGGCCUCUUAACUAAUAUACUAACAAUAUACCAAUGAUGACGAGAUAUCGUUCGUGAAGGUACCUACCAAGGCCACCAUACACCCAUCGUCCAAAAAGGCCUUCGAUAUGGCAUAAUUCUCUUUAUUGUCUCAGAAGUCUUCUUUUUCGCUGGUUUCUUCUGAGCCUUUUAUCACUCUAGCUUAGUUCCUACCCACGACCUAGGAGGCUGCUGACCACCUACAGGAAUUAUUCCACUUAAUCCACUUGAAGUACCCUUACUUAACACAUCUGUACUUUUAGCAUCUGGUGUCUCAAUUACAUGAGCUCAUCAUAGCCUUAUAGAAGGUAAACGAAAUAAUAUAAAUCAAGCUUUACUUAUUACUAUUGGCUUAGGAGUAUAUUUUACAGCUCUUCAAGCGUCAGAAUACUUAGAGACUUCCUUUUCUAUUUCAGAUGGUAUCUAUGGAUCAACAUUUUUUAUAGCAACAGGCUUUCAUGGCCUUCAUGUAAUUAUCGGAUCCACAUUCCUUAUGGUGUGCCUUUUACGUCAACUAAAAUAUCACUUUACAUCAAAACACCAUUUCGGCUUUGAAGCAGCAGCUUGAUACUGACACUUUGUAGAUGUCGUAUGACUAUUCCUCUACGUUUCUAUCUAUUGAUGAGGGUCGU